AUGCUCUGCCUCACCCUUCUCCUUGCCUUCCUACACUUCUCAAAAACAGUAUGGGCUCAGUUCAACACGACGUUCCGAUACACCUUCCCUCCCCGGGCACCGCACUUUGACCUCUACGAAAACGGCCCUUUCGAGUGGAUCUACGACGACGAUACCGGAUACAGCGUGUCACAACCCCGUCAAGACAGAAGAGCGGUACCGUUUCCAAUUUCGGUUGUGGGUGAAAACUUCACGCUUUACGGAGAUCCUGUCACGGUGAUGAAUGCGACCGAAGGUGUUUCGAUCACACUCCUUAGUCCCGUCACCGGUGAUGUCAGGAGAUUCCACAACAGCAGUGGGCGGGUGAACGUGACCGCUGAGGUCGCCGGGAACUGGACGCGGAUGGAGCCCAGGGUCUUGAACAUGUGGGCGGUGAAGCAGCCUGCCACUCAUAUCACUCUCCACAACCUCACUAUAGACGUACCAGUUCGAACUCAGGCUGGACAUGAAGUCACAGGCUUCAGCUCCAGCGAUGUCAUACCCGAUGCAGGUCAACCCUACUGGACGGGACGUUCUGGUGAAACCGCGGAGGUUUCGGGAGACGACGUUGUUCUUGAGUCCCUCAUGGAACUGGUGUUUGCACCGCCAGCUAAUACGUCCCUCAUCCGCGUUCUCGGACCCGUAGGCCCAAGCCUGCAGCAGCUCAAGACAACGCCCUUCGCUCCUGAGCUGCCAGUUUGUGUCGCGCUUUUGGACCCUGCGCCGCCUUGGCUGCAAUCAACUCUCAACAUGCAAUUGGAGGACUUUGUGAUGGACUUGGAAUACAACUGGCCGAUGGCGUGGCAAACAUUCCCUCGGAACUUUACCAACACGACGCUUUUCCUCCUUCCGCUCGAUCCGACAGUACAAUACAACGUCAAGAUCCUACCCCGGCGCAACAACACGUUGUGCGUUGUGUCAGGGUUUCAGACCUACCCUUUCCACUUCAACUACACCGCUCUGAAUGUGGAGAACGUCACGCAGCCUGGUGUCGACACAUCAACCGACACUGUUGAGGAUACGGACGGCAGUGGGCAGAGCUACCCAAGGCAGGGUCCGAACCGAACGGCCAUCAUCGCAGGCUCAGUAGCAGGCGCGGUCGUGGCACUGCUCGCAAUUGGAGCCGCAAUAAUCCUGACUCGCCGCUGUCUGGUGGGCCAUCGUACUCGGCCCGAUCCCGGCUUUGAGGUCGAUGAGGGUGACCACACGAGUGAAAUAGCGCCCUUCCUUGGCGGCUUCGUCUCGCGAGUGAGGCACAGUACACGUGUCUCCAGCAAGAACAUCGGCCAACCUGCAAUCAUCCAACCGGCGGCGGCUAAUUCAAAUCCUCCCUCUCAGGAUCUCGUUUUAUCCGAUGCAGCUGGUCCUGCAUUUGCGCUCCCCACAGCCCCCGAGGCUCGAGUGGUUCACGAUCAAGACGCGGAGGACGCUGCCCUGGAAGUGCUUCCGCCCAUGUACAGCGAGGCGUGGGCUAGGCGUCGCACAAGCAUGGCGCUCCAGCACGGGGCGUCUUCAGUGACAGGGGCCGGUCAAGAGAGCCGCGCAGAGGAGAAAGGGAACCUCGGUCGUUAG